AUGUCCCGCCUUCUCUCCAUCGCCUCCUUCAUCGCCGCCGUCAAGGCCCACGGCUACGUCCAGAACAUCGUCGUCAACGGCGUCUACUACUCCGGCUGGGAGAUCAACUCGUACCCCUACAUGACCGAUCCCCCGGUUGUUGCGGCAUGGCAGAUUCCGAACUCCAACGGCCCUGUUGAUGUCUCGAAUGGCUACACCACCGAGGAUAUCAUCUGCAACCUGAACGCCACCAACGCCCAGGGAUACGUUGAGGUUGCGGCCGGUGACAAGAUUAACUUGCAGUGGUCUGCUUGGCCAGACAGUCACCACGGCCCUGUCAUCGACUACCUCGCCAGCUGCGGCGACGACUGCACAACCGUCGACAAGACCACCCUCGAGUUCUUCAAGAUCGACGGCGUCGGGCUCGUCGACGACGCCACCGUCCCCGGCACCUGGGGCGACGACGAGCUGAUCGACAACAACAACAGCUGGCUCGUCGAGAUCCCCUCCUCCAUCGCCCCGGGCAACUACGUCCUGCGCCACGAGAUCAUCGCCCUGCACUCCGCCGGCACCUCCGGCGGCGCCCAGAACUACCCCCAGUGCUUCAACCUCAAGGUCACCGGCUCCGGCACUGACUCGCCCGCUGGAACCAAGGGCACGGAGCUGUACACCCUCGACGACGCCGGCAUCCUCGUCAACAUCUACCAGAGCCUCUCGACCUACGUCGUCCCCGGCCCGACGCUGUACAGCGGGGCUACCAGCAUCGCCCAGGCUACGUCUAAGAUCACGGCGACUGGCUCCGCGACGUCGGGUGCUGGUGGUGCCGCUGCUACGGGCUCUGGCUCUGGCUCUGGCUCUGGUGCGUCCUCUGCUGUCACCACCACCGCUGCUGCCACAAGCACAACCACCGCCGCCGCGGAAACCGCCAAGUCGUCCGUCGUCUCGGCGCCCUCUGCUUCGGCCCCUGCUGCUGCCCCUACCAGCGUGUCGGCGCCUACAACCCUCAGCACGGCCACCCGCACUGCCCUGACCACCACCACCGCCGCUGUCCAGCCCACCGUCCCCGCCGUGCAGCCCUCUGCGCCCGCCGCUCAGCCCUCCGCUUCGACGCCCGCCUCCAGCGGAUCCGGAUCCGGCUCCGGCUCCGGCUCCGGCUCCAACGCCCUGUACGCCCAGUGCGGCGGGCUUAACUUCAAGGGCGCGACUGGCUGUGUCUCCGGCGCGACCUGCAAGAAGAUGAACCCGUACUACUCGCAGUGCGUUGCUGCGUAA